CUUUCGAAGAAAUACCAACCUAAAAAGAACUCGAAGGAGGAGGAAGAAUACAGGUAUACAGCAUGUAAAGCCUUCCUUUCCACCCUGAAUGAGAUGAACGAUUAUGCUGGACAGCAUGAAGUCAUCUCCGAGAAUAUGACCUCCCAGAUCACUGUGGAGUUAGCACGCUACGUCCAGGAAUUGAAGCAGGAGAGGAAAUCGCACUUUCAUGACGGACGGAAGGCACAGCAGCACAUAGAGACUUGCUGGAAGCAACUAGAAUCAAGUAAAAGACGUUUUGAGCGGGAUUGCAAAGAGGCUGACCGAGCCCAGCAGUACUUUGAGAAAAUGGAUGCUGACAUAAAUGUUACAAAAGCAGAUGUUGAAAAGGCACGACAACAAGCUCAAAUGCGUCACCAAAUGGCAGAGGACAGCAAAGCAGAUUACUCAUCAAUUCUUCAGAAAUUCAACCACGAGCAGCAUGAAUAUUACCAUACUCACAUUCCCAAUAUCUUUCAGAAAAUACAAGAGAUGGAGGAACGGAGGAUAGUGAGAAUUGGAGAAUCAGUGAAGACGUAUGCAGAGCUGGAUCGGCAGGUGAUUCCAAUCAUCGGGAAGUGCUUGGAUGGAAUAGUAAAGGCAGCCGAGUCAAUUGAUCCGCAAAAUGAUUCACAGCUGGCCAUAGAAGCUUAUAAGUCCGGUUUUGAGCCGCCUGGAGACCUUGAAUUUGAGGAUUACACUCAGCCAAUGAAGCGCACUGUGUCAGAUAACAGCCUUUCGAAUUCCAGAGGAGAAGGCAAAUCAGAGCUCAAAUUUGGUGGCAAAUCCAAAGGAAAGUUAUGGCCAUUCAUCAAAAAAAAUAAGCUUAUGUCCCUUUUAACAUCCCCCCAUCAGCCUCCCCCACCUCCCCCUGCCUCUGCCUCACCCUCUGCUGUUCCCAACGGCCCCCAGUCUCCCAAGCAGCAAAAGGAACCCCUCUCCCAUCGCUUCAACGAGUUCAUGACCUCCAAACCCAAAAUCCACUGCUUCAGGAGUCUAAAGCGUGGGGGUGCGACUCCAGAAGAUUUCAGCAACCUCCCACCUGAACAGAGAAGGAAAAAGCUACAACAGAAAGUCGAUGAAUUAAAUAGAGAAAUUCAAAAGGAGAUGGAUCAAAGAGAUGCCAUCACAAAAAUGAAAGAUGUCUACCUAAAGAAUCCGCAAAUGGGAGACCCCGCCAGUUUGGAUCACAAAUUAGCAGAAGUCAGCCAAAAUAUAGAAAAACUGAGACUGGAGGCCCAGAAAUUUGAGGCCUGGCUGGCCGAGGUUGAAGGCAGACUCCCAGCACGCAGCGAACAGGCCCGUCGGCAGAGUGGCAUGUACGAUGUGCAGAACCCCCCAGCCGUCAACAACUGUGCACAGGAUCGGGAGAGCCCGGAUGGCAGUUACACGGAGGAGCAGAGUCAGGAGAGUGAGGUCAAGGUGCUGGCCACAGAUUUCGACGAUGAGUUUGAUGAUGAGGAAUCCCUCCCUGCCAUAGGGACGUGUAAAGCUCUCUACACGUUCGAAGGUCAGAACGAAGGAACCAUUUCAGUAGUUGAGGGAGAAACACUGUACGUUAUAGAGGAAGACAAAGGUGACGGGUGGACCCGCAUCCGGAGAAGUGAAGACGAAGAGGGUUAUGUCCCCACUUCAUACGUCGAAGUCUAUUUGGACAAAAAUGCCAAAGGUGCUAAGACUUAUAUUUAAUAC